GCCAAAAGAGUCUGUGUCUCUCAAUCUCUCACAUGGCACCAAAAAGCCAGACUGAGUCAUCCAUUGGGAAAUUCAUUAACCGAGGAGCUUGGACUCCCGAGGAAGAUCGAAAGCUUGCUCAGUGCAUUGAACUUCAUGGAGCCAAGAGGUGGAAGACCAUUGCUCUUAAAUCAGGUUUAAACAGGUGUGGCAAGAGUUGCAGGCUGAGAUGGCUCAACUAUCUGAGGCCAAACAUCAAGAGAGGCAACAUUUCACUUGAAGAAGAAGAUUUGAUUCUUAGGCUUCACAAACUCCUCGGAAAUAGGUGGUCGCUGAUAGCUGGGAGACUUCCGGGACGAACAGACAAUGAAAUAAAAAACUAUUGGAAUUCUCAUUUGUGCAAAAAAGUGAAUCGGGAAGAGGAGAAGAAGAAGAAGCCAAACACUGCAACCCCACAAGAAAGCACACCCCAACAUACCUGGGAUAGUGCUCUCGUGGAGAAUGAGGAAGCCAUUAAAGGAAAUGGACCUGUGAACUCAGAAGUUAGCUUUGAUGUGAAUGAGUUCCUUGAUUUCUCUCCCAAAGAUGGAUGCUUUCGUGAGUUGGAUUGGAUGACCAAGUAUCUAGAACUAGAUGAGUUUCCAGGGAGCAGUGGACAGUUUUGAUCCUAAAAAAGUUUCAUAAGAAAAUUAAUGCCCCGUGGAUUUUGGAGAAACCAAGUGAUCUAGGACGGUGUUGGAGAAACAAAAGAGCUUGGUGAUCAUUUUAGGGUUCACAAGUUUGUGCCUUUCCUUGCUUGAAAUUUACUGAAUAAUUUUCUUUAGGGCUUUAGAGGAUCCCAAUAUGAAGAUUGAUAUCUGUAAUUAAGUAGAGAGUUUGGUGUUUUCUCUUCUGUGAAGAAUCAGAUGUGUUCUGUAUCUGUAUCUGAACUAGUCAUUUCUUUGUGAUGUGAAAUGAACGGUCGGCUGACAAUGCAAAACCUUGUGAAGGAGUGUAUCAUAUAUAACAAGAUGUAGCAGAGCGCAUUAAUUCUCAUUCCAUUAUUUCAGACA